AUGGGCAGCGCUGCACUCCCUGCCAUCACUGCUAAUGAAGAAGCUCUUAUCAAAGGGUUUGACUUCCUAGAAACAGCCUUGUUAAUCGACCCUAAAAACUCCUGUUCCUCGUCGCGCCAGUGGGUGGCGCUAGUGGUGGGACACGAACUCGCUCAUCAGUGGUUUGGAAACCUCGUCACUAUGGAGUGGUGGACCCAUCUGUGGCUGAACGAGGGCUUUGCGUCGUGGAUAGAGUAUCUCUGCGUGGACCACUGCUUCCCGGAGUACGACAUCUGGACCCAGUUUGUGUCCGCGGACUACACCCGGGCGCUGGACCUGGACGCUUUGGACAGCAGCCAUCCCAUCGAGGUAAACGUGGGCCACCCGUCUGAAGUGGACGAGAUUUUUGACGCCAUCUCGUACAGCAAAGGAGCGUCCGUGAUCCGCAUGUUGCACAACUACAUCGGAGACGAGGAUUUUAGGAAAGGAAUGAACGCAUAUCUGGUCAAGUUUCAAAACAAAAACGCAGCAACAGAGGAUCUAUGGGAGUGUCUGGAGCAGGCCAGCGGCAAACCCAUCGCCGCGGUGAUGAGCUCGUGGACCAAACAGAUGGGAUUUCCAAUCAUCGUCGUCGACCAAGAGCAGCAAGGAGAGGACCGCAUUGUAAAGCUGUCUCAGAAGAAGUUUUGUGCCAGCGGUCCCCAGAGCGAGACCGGAGAGGGCGAGUGUCUAAACUGGAUGGUUCCGGUCAGCAUCUGCUCCAGUGAAGACCCCACCUGCUCCAAGCUCAAAGUGCUGCUGGACCGACCGGAGACCACCAUCACUGUGAGCGGAGUGGGACCGGACCAGUGGAUCAAGGUCAACCCGGGCACAGUGGGCUUCUACAGGAUCCAGUACAGCUCGUCGAUGUUGGAAAAUCUGCUCCCAGGGAUCAGGGACCUGAGUCUGCAGCCGGUGGAUCGACUGGGGCUGCAGAACGACCUCUUUUCCCUGGCUCGUGCGGGCAUGAUCAGCACAGUGGAGGUGUUGAAGCUGAUGGAGGCGUUUGUCAAUGAGCCAAACUACACGGUAUGGAGCGACCUGAGCUGUAACCUGGGCGUGCUGUCCUGUCUGCUGUCACACACGGACUUCCACGAGGAGAUCCAGGUCUUCAUCCGGGACCUGUUCUCCCCCAUCGGCCUGAAGCUGGGCUGGGACUGCAAGCCCGGGGAAGGUCACUUGGACGCUCUGUUGCGAAGCCUGGUUCUGGGGAAACUGGGGAAAGCGGGACAUAAAGCCACUUUAGAAGAAGCUCGGCGGAGGUUUAAGGAUCAUGUGGAGGGGAAGCUGGUGCUGCCCGCGGACCUCAGGAGCCCAGUUUAUUUAACAGUGUUGAAACAUGGAGACAGUGCCACAUUGGAGACGAUGUUGAAGCUGCACAAACAGGCCGACAUGCAGGAGGAGAAGAACCGCAUCGAGAGAGUUUUAGGAGCCAUCUCAGCCCCAGACCUGAUCCAGAAAGUGCUCACCUUUGCCCUGUCGGAGGACGUCCGCCCGCAGGACACGGUGUCGGUGAUCGGAGGCGUCGCAGGGAGCAGUAAACAGGGACGGAAAGCAGCCUGGAAGUUUGUGAAGGACAACUGGGAAGAACUGUACAACCGUUACCAGGGAGGAUUCCUCAUAUCACGACUUAUCAAGCUCACAGUCGAUGGGUUCGCAAUCGAUAAAAUGGCUACUGAAGUAAAGAGUUUCUUCGAGGCGCACCCCGCCCCGUCGGCGGAGCGCACGGUGGAGCAGUGCUGCGAGAACAUCCUGCUGAACGCCGCGUGGCUGAAGCGCGACGCCGACCACAUCCAGCAGUAUCUACUCCAGAGGAAGCCCGCGCCCUCGGAGCAAGAGCCCAGGGCCACAGCGCUUCUGUAA